GUAAAUCAAUAAUGGCUAUACGCGCGCACGGGUGUGGAUUCACAGACUUGUCAUACAAUUGACCCACUGUCCAACAAGGUAUCAAUACAUUUCUCAUUUUUGAUACAUGCCAUCUUUCCUCAAUGGGAGGAAUGGGAUGAGUCUUAGAUCUUUGGGUAUAUAAACAGCUCUUCCUGCCCCUCGCAGAUCUCGUUUGAAGCUGUCAACUCGUACAAGUGCCGUCUAUCAAUUCCCAGCUACUCUCGAUCAUGCGUCUUUCUUCGGUUCUCGUCGGGGUAUCCCUCCAAGCUCUCCAAGCAGCAGCCUUACCCGUUGGCAGCUACGAGUCUCCCUUCACAUCCACCUCUCCGGCUCUUGCAACCUCAACUCCUGCCCUAGCCUAUGACUGGAGCUCAGGUUACGUGUCUCAAUUCGUCAUUCACCCGUCUUGCAACUCGACCGAGCGCCAUGAGAUCACAUCUGGCCUCGAGCAAGCUGUCACCAUAGCGAAGCAUGCAAAGGAACACAUCCUCAUCCACCGCAACAGCUCCAAGGUCUUCCAGAAGUACUUCGGACAGGGCCCAACCGGCCCCGUCAUCGGAUGGCUGGACAAGAUCGCCACCGCGAACCGCGCUGGUAUCAUUUUCCGCUGUGAUGACCCAGAUAAGAACUGCGCAACCCAAGUCCGCUAUGGAGGACACUACAGGGGCUCCAACGCCACUGCGGAGACUGUCAUCUGCCCCCUUUCAUACACAAACCGUCGUCCCCUAACAGCCCUCUGCGCUCGGGGCUUUGACAUGGCAACGGGUCGCGCUAACGACUACUGGGCCGCGGAUCUCAUGCACCGCCUGUACCACGUCCCGGCUGUCGGCGAAGACGAAAUCGGCCACUACGCCGACGGGUACUCUGGGCUUCUCAAACUGGCGGCUGGCGCAAACCACACUGACGCUGCACGUAACAGCGCGUCGCUGUCGUAUUUCGCUCUUGAAGCGUAUGCGUAUGAUAUCUCGGUUCCGGGCGAGGGAUGUCCUGGAAAGGUAGUUGAGGAGGAGCAUGAUCACGGCGCGAGCGCGACUAGCUCGGCUGCCGGUGCUGCUGCCACGUCAGUUAAUCCAACGAGGGUUAUUCCUGGGUCACCGACUGCUGCUGCCCCGGUAGCUACAGCAGCUGGAGGCGGAGCUGGGAAGGAGUGCCAUACUCAUGAUGAUGGAACGGAGCAUUGCACGUAGGUUUUUGCGGAAGGCCACAUGUCGUGCUAUAAUUGCAUUGUUUCACGAGCGACGAAAAAUUUCGUGAGGCGAUUUUAUUUGAUAAAUGUAGCCUAGAAUUAAUAGCUGCGCGCAUCCAUUUUGCAAUUACUUUAUAUAUAUAUAUAUAUUACCUCAU